AUCAAAUCUUUCUCUCUCUCCUUUGGUUCUUCAUCUUUAACAUAAUGGAUGUUUACGAGAGUUGUUUCGUUAUUUCUGAAACUCCACCAAGUGAAGAAGAGAUGGACGUAAGGAAAGGACCGUGGACAGAAGAAGAGGACUUCACGCUCAAGGCGUUUGUCAAUAUUCAUGGUGAAGGGCGAUGGAGUUCAGUUGCUCGGUUAUCAGGUUUGAAAAGAACCGGCAAAAGCUGCAGAUUAAGGUGGCUGAACUAUUUGAGACCCCAAGUGAGACGUGGGAACAUCAGUCUCCAAGAGCAGCUACUCAUCCUUCAACUCCAUUCUCGAUGGGGCAACAGAUGGUCGAAAAUCGCACAACUUUUGCCUGGAAGGACAGACAACGAGAUAAAGAAUUAUUGGAGAACAAGAGUCCAGAAACAGGCAAAGCAGCUUAAAUGUGACGUUAACAGCAAACAAUUUAGGGACGCCAUGCGUUACGUUUGGAUUCCUCGUCUAAUCGAACGAAUCUGUGCAUCAUCUGAAUCCCACCCGGGUCAACCCUCCACCACCACCGCCUACAUGGAUCGUAUCAGCAACAUGAACUCCGAUCAAAUCACCUACGGAAAUACAAGUGGAUCGGUCCAAGUCGGCCCGAGUGUCGUGCCGGAAUUAUCAGGCACUUCAUCGGACUCCCAGGACGCUCAAGUCGCUUCUGUUUCAGACUUGACAGAAUGUUACAACCCGCGGCACGUUUCGAGCAACCUGAUUAGCUUUCAAAUCGGGUCGGGUUUAAGCUCGGAAAAUUUAGGGGACACAUGGAAUAUAGAUGGUGGAGACUCGAUGGAGAGUGUGUGGACUGAAGAGAACAUUUGGUUCCUAAGACAGCAGCUUUAUGAGGAUGACUUGAAUUAG